AUGGAUCCAAUGGAACUCCGGGAUUUUGAAGACCAGCUUCGCGCGUUCUCGUUGCUACCUAUCGUCCCCCCUCAGUCCCACGACGGGCAACAUCUUGUGGCAUUAGACUCCAUUCUCAAGGAUGCAAUGGAUUCGAGUAAGCGAGCGGUGCCGACUUUGCACGAACAGUGCUCACUAGGCGAAUUCAAUUCAUUUUGGUCGAUGGGGAUGCCACUCGUCGUCAAAUUCGGAGGAGAUCUACAAUGUGACUGGUCACCGAUAUCUCUUGCCACCCUCUUUGGUAGUGACAACUGCUCCAUAGUGGAUUGUGAAGAUCGGAAUUACAACGAAGAAUGUCUAGUCGACGAUUUCCUGCGAACUAAGCUAUUACGUCGGCAAGGGCGCGUACUCAAGCUUAAGGACUAUCCUUCUGAAACUACGUUGAAACUGAAGGCAUCGGAACUGGCCCGCGAUUUCAACUCAGCCGUACCAGUGUCCGAGUAUUGCAGCGACAGUGGACCUUUAAAUAUUGCAAACCACUUCCCUAUCAACUAUUCUUGCGUCCCUGAUCUCGGACCGAAAAUCUAUGCGGCAAUGGCAAGUCGACAGAAUGGCCGUCAGCACGGAAGUACGCGCCUGCACAUGGAUAUUUCGGAUGCUGUGAAUAUCAUGGCAAACAAUGGCGAAGCUCGGUGGAACAUAUUCACGGCAGAGGACACAAAAUUGCUUGAUAGCUUCCUCAAGUCUCGAUUCAAAUUGCCGGCGAAAUAUCGAGCAGGAGAUUCAGUCAACGCCCACCAUGUCUACCUAACACCGGAUCACCUUAAGGAACUCAGAGAAAAGCAUGGCAUUGUACCGUUCACAUUUCAGCAGUCCUUUAGGGACGUGGUUUAUAUCCCAGCUGGAUGCGCCCAUCAGGUCUCAAACAUCACGCCUUGCAUCAAAGUUGCUAUGGACUUCUUGUCCCCCCAGAGCCUCAAGCGCUGCCUUGAACCUCCUCAUACACAGUUGGAUGGCGUUGACAUUGUACGAGACAAUGCAUCGCGAGCUUCAGGGCUCCUCACUACACAGGUGCGAGGCUCUCUGUGCGAAGAUAUGAUGAUGAUACCAGCAUUUUCUAGGACUCCGUCCGUCGCAAGGCCCGGCUCGAUCCACAUGGCGAUGGAAAUCGACAGCGAUCCUGAGUCAUGCCAGGCCAUGUCCACGGAGCCUGGUGCUGGUCGUGAGCACGACCCACCUCUUGUGGAGCUCCCUCGCGCCCCAGAGGCCCUUUCCGAGACUGCGACAAGUAUCCAGCCAACGGCGGACGCUCCAGGUGGCCAGUACCUAGGUCGUCCUCACACUCAACCCGAAACUCAUCAAGCCAGUUCACCACCGCUCAACCUCGUAGACGUCCACGAUCCCACGCUAGACAUCUGUUCCACUGCAUUUUCCGUGACGGAGACUCCUCCCAUGGUCGAACUACCAGGGCCCUCACAGCCAAUAUUCAACAUUGCGCCAACAUUCACUGCUACGUUUCGUUCUAGUGUCUUAGGCAAGCGUAAGGAGAGGACCUGCGUGACAUGUCAAAAGAAAUACCCCGAUUGUCCUGGAGCAGUACGGCGAAAGAGAUGCCUCCUUUUUACUGGUAGUUAG